AUUCACAUCCAACGGCCCCACUGACCUGUAUCAUUUCAAUCAUCUCACUCAGAUCAGGUCAGGACUCCUACACCUUGGAACAGUAGCGUAAGAGAGAGAGGGUCAUGGUGGCUACCGUGCUACGUCGCUAGAUCCUAUCUCACCUACCUCACUCAUGUUCUUCUUCACAUCGCUUUUGCUGCUCUUGUCGAGCGCAGUCGAGGCUCAGACCUGUUCCCAAUAUGGAACACUGUCAGGAUCAUCAUGUCUAUGCCCACCAGGCUUCAACGUCGACUCAUCGAGCAAUAAUGACUGCUCAGUGCCAAUGUGUGGAGGCAGCUUGUACGAUCCAGGAUCAGCGGCAAGCAUAGCCCGUGGGUCGACAUUGGCGAAUCUAUCAAGUCAGACCUGUCAAUGCGCAGACGGUUGGAGCGGACCUACGUGUACAGUGUGUAGCUCCGCAACAUCCUGCCAGUCCUCACUCUCCAAAUACCUCAACUCCUCCAAUACAGUCGCCGACUCGACCCUCAAUACCUCCCUAACAUGCUCGUCCUCCCCUGUCACCUAUUCCUCAUCGCAGAUGUUCUGCGAUGUCACCACUUCUAUCCUUCAUCAGCUCUAUGCAGGCUCAUGGACCCUCUCCAUCACCAGGACACUGAACGCAUCACGCACACCUGGAGGUCUAACCACUCUUGACGCCGCCAAACUCAUGGGAGGUGAUUCACAUGGCUAUGCUCAAUUAUGGUACGAUGGAGUGGAGCAAUUCUAUUGCCAAGCCAGUCAAUGUGACCAAGUGACAACACCUGGUAGUGCAGGGAGGAAUGGAUCGACCUGGACAUGUUCGACCUUGAAUUGCACUUGUCUCACGGACGCUACGCUGUGCAAAGAUUUGUCCAGUAAGAUCGACACCCUUGUGGGACCGCUCACAGUCGACUGCUCCGGUACCGAUUAUGGAAAUUGCACCUUUUUGACGCCUUUUCUGGAGAGCUUCUUUGGCCCCAGCGGUCUGGGGCUAUCGAGCUGCUCAUUCGGUGAAUGUGUACAGCAAUAUGUCAUCGAUCAAGCACUCGGCAUCUCGGAAGCGGUCUCGUAUGCCACGAAAUUGAGUGGAGGAGUCAUUGCUGGCCUAGCAGUUGUUGGCGUCUUGCUUCUUGUCAUCAUUGUUUUGCUUAUCUGGGCUUGGAUGAUUCAGAGGAAGGCAAGGAAAAACAUGACUCAUGACGGACAGAUCCCGAAGAAUGCUGGAGCAAGGGUCGCAUGGAGUGGCGUCACUUACGAGGUCAAAGCUGCGGGAGUAUCACAUUGGGAUCGACUCGUCACUUGGGCGAAAGGCUCGGGAUCGGCUGGCAACAGUACCGCAGCAUCCUCUGAAAGGGGUGAUGGACUCGGACCGGCUGGAGGCAAGAUCGUUCUCUCGGAUUCUUGCGGAGAUUUGCCUGUCGGUGGCUUCGCCUGUAUCCUUGGUCCGAGCGGAGCUGGAAAGUCGACCCUAGUAGAUAUUCUGGCUGGAAAGAGAAAGGCUGGUAAUGUUCAGGGCUCGGUCAAAUUUGCCAAGUCUGGAGGCGGCAGGAUCAAGAUUGGAUACGUCGAUCAGUCUGACGUUUUGUCGCCCACGUCUACUGUGCUUGAGACGUUGAUCUUUGCCGCGCAAUUACGGCUACCCGAGUCUGUACCUGAAUCUGUCAAGAUCGAAAGAGCCAACACUGUCCUUCAACAACUAGGUCUCGAGCACGUCGCACAUACUCGUGUCGGAUCGACAGAACACAGAGGGAUCUCUGGUGGAGAGAUGCGACGUGUUUCCAUCGGAAUCGAGCUCGUCGCUGCGCCGGACGUCCUCGUUCUGGACGAACCUACCUCAGGUUUGGACUCGGUCUCCGCUUCUCGACUCGUCAGUUUAUUAAAGCAGCUCGCUGAAGGAGACAGCCAGACAACCAUCAUUGCAAGCAUUCAUCAGCCGAGUUCUGCACUUUACCGUGCCUUCAGCCAGGUCGUCCUCCUCGCCAAUGGAAAACAGCUAUACUUCGGACCAGGAGGCGAUCAACCUGCUCUGUUCUUCGCUCGGCAAGGUCGACCUUGUCCCGCAGGAUAUAACGUUGCGGAUCACUUGCUGGAAAUUGCUAGUGGCCCAACUGAUGGUCUAGUCAGUGGACCAUCUGCUGUCGUGCGGCAAAGUGCGGACAACGGCUCAGAUCAAGAAUCAUCGAGUCUUCAAGGUAACGAGAAGUCAUUGUCCAGUUCCGGAGCCCAAAGCCACACAGACUCCUCCGUCGAGAAGGACCUGGUGACUCCUGCUCUCCAGGCUGAAAGCCUCCCUAAGCAUCCCGAUGGCGAGCCCUUGUCCGUGGAAAAGACAUCAUGGUGGCCUCGUACACACUGCGCGACGACUUUCUUGACGCAGGUGGAGGUCCUAAGUGGAAGAGAGUGGAAGAAUCUUAGACGGGACAAGACAUUGUUGAUCGCUCAUUGGGUCAUGUCAUGUAUUCUCGGCGUAUUCGCAGGAGGUCUAUACUACAAAGUCAGCUUGACGAUUGCUGGGUUCCAGAAUCGAGUGGGAAGUCUGUUCUUCCUUGGAUCUUUGAUCGCAUUUACGUCGCUAAGCGCAUUGUAUAAUCUUGUCGAAGUUCGAGGUCUCUUCCUCCGUGAACGAGCGGGAUCUUUCUACUCUCCCCAAUCUUGGCUCUUGACUAGGGUCAUCUUUGAUGUCAUUCCUCUUCGACUGAUUCCCACUAUCAUUGUUGGCAUCAUCGUGUACUUCAUGGUGGGACUAGCUCACAGUGCCGCGCGAUUCUUCAAGUAUCUGUUAAUCUUGGUAGAGUAUUCCCUGGCAACCACUCUAUUUAACUUCCUCCUCGCAUGCGUCUUCCGCCAAGGAGGUAUCGCUAUCCUAUUGUCGUCGCUCUGCAAUCUCUUCCUGAUGACAUAUGCUGGCUUCUUCGUCAACAUUCACCAAAUCCCGCCGGUGCUUCGAUGGCUGAGGUACUUCUCAACCCUUGGCUAUACGCUCGAAGCUUUGUCAGUCAAUGAAGUCGGAUCAGGUUUGAUGAUUAUCGACGUUCUGGAAGGUGUGCCGAUCGAGAUCAAUGCGGUGGUCAUUAUGCAGACACUGUUCGGAUUUGAUCUGAGUCAUUAUUACCGGGACGUGUUGGUUCUCUUUGCUUUCGUGGCUGGUUUCGCCAUCUUAUUGGUUGGCGCGGUUGUCUUCAUACUCAGGGAGCGGCGAUAGGAAUGCUAGAACGUCGUUUCGUGUCUCGUCUAGGCUCGAAACUCAGGUGACUU